AUGGUACUUGGUCCCGAACAUCCGGGCUGUGUUCGAGGGUUAGGCUUGGAUGUUGUUCCAACUAUGUCAUUCAAACAGACAACUAAGAGAUUUAAAUGUGUUAAUGUGAGUUCAUCUUGCACUAGCACUCCAGCUCCGGAGUGGCAGCAAGAGAUGGCGAGUAUGAAAUCACAAUUAAAUGUGCUAGCUCACUUAUUUCCACCUCCUCCACAGGAGAUAACAGAUGUUUCCUACACUAAGGCAAAGGUCAAUUGUAAGCUUGAUAAUUUGCUAGAGAAAACACGCAAGGACCUUGGUCUUGCGGGUUUAUUUUGGCCACAUGAAAAUAAGAAUGUAGAUGAAACUAAUCUGAUGGUUUCACCUAUUGUCAUUGCACAAGUAACCGAGUUUGAAUGUGGUGGCCUAGCGAUAUCAUUGAGUGGUUCACACCCUGCAAUGGAUGGUUUCUCAGAUUUUAAAUUUCUUUUCGAGUGGGCAAAAGUGUGUAGAAUGGGAACUCUUGUUGAGGAGAUUAAUUUUCUAAGCUUUGAUUUGAGUAACAUUUUUCCAACAAUAGAUAUAUCAGGACUUUUCAAGUCAACUUAUGAUCCAGUUAUAGAAAAAGAUAUUAUUGUUAAGAGAUUUGUCAUCCGUGAGGUUGCUAUGUCAAGGCUCAGAAAAAAGUGCAUGGAUGAAUCAGAUGGAGGUUUGACUUUUCAACCGUCAAGGGUUGAAAUAAUUACAACACUCCUUUGGAGGGCUUUAAUCCAUAUUUCAACAACGAUACAUGGGUAUGUUAGGCCUUCUCUAAUGGACUUUCCAUUGAAUUUGCGCUCUAAAACAUCUUUACCACAAGUGCACAAUUCUAUGGGGAAUUUUAGAAUCGAUGUUCCGAUAAAAUUCAUUCCAGGAGAGACCAAGAUGGAAUUACAUAAUUUCAUAAUAUUAAUCAGGGAUACGGUGAAUAAAGUUGUUGCUUUAUGUGCCAAAGCUUCACCAGAUGAAAUAGUGUCAACAUUGGUUAAUAUAUAUAAUGAAAGUGUUAGAUCACCAGAAUGGGGAGGGAACGAUGAAGUUGACAAAGUUUUAUGUUCAAGUAUGUGCAUGUUCCCUUUGCAUGAUACUGAUUUUGGUUUGGGAAAACCAGCCUUACUAUUUUUUUGGCAUGAAAGAUACACAAAUGUUAUGGUUGCAUGA